CAUUAUGUCAUUAUUGAAUUUUCAACAAUUGCUGAUGCUGAAUGUGCACAUCCAAAAGUAGAAAUAUUAAAUAAUUAUUUAGAAAUGAUAGUUUGAUCGCUACAUUUAUUUUCUGUAGCUGUUAAUUCGAAGAUGUCAUGGAGGACGAAACUACCUCUUGUAAGAAAACGCCCACUUGGCAGAACUGUAUACAUUGCCCAAGUCUGGUAUUCGGUAGUGCCACGGAGUUCGAAAGGCAUAUUCAAGAUAAACACACAGUCAAAGAAGGAUCCAUUAUUCUGUGCCAAUAUGGUCAGAAUGGUAUUUGUUCAGCUUUGCAAUUUGGUGACUUGAGAAAAGCAGGAUUCAAGUAUCACGUGAGGGAAUAUCACUUGUAUUCUAAAAGCACUUCUGAAGAUUGGACAUUCUAUUCAUCAUCACAGAACCUUCCGGCAGUAUUGAAUGAUCCUAAUAGAGGUAAACAAAGUAAUUUUUUUACUAAAACAUGGGGUGACAAUUUUGUUGAUAAAGUAGAACUUUCUCCUAGUCCUUAUUUGCCUGAAAUUACUUUAUCACAUUUUGAACCAUAUUGCAAAAGAAUAACUAGAAGAUUACGAAGACAUUGUAGACUAAAAGAAAAUUUACCUGCUAAAACAAAGUUGCCAGUAGUUGAGGCUUUGUGUGAAGUUCCUGGUGUAUUUUUUGAGCAGUCCUUGCCACUGAAUGACCCCAACAUUUUCUAUAAAGUCUUUCCUAGCCUAAAGGACUCAGAAGAUUCAAGUGUUGCAAUCAGAUCUCUGCAAGAAACAUUGAGUACAUACCUUGAUGUUAUAGAAAUGAAAAUUUCUAAGCAAGUUGCACAAAAGUCUGAUGCAUUCUUUCACGCUAUGCUAUCCCAUGAUACUAUUAUGGAACAAAUGGCAAGAGCUGCAAAAACAGUGCAGGUAACACGACAAAAUAUUAAAAACGUUAAAGAAAACUUGACACUUUGUCCUUUAAAAUUAAUAAGCUUAACAAGGAUCAAUCACAAUCUUGGUAAUGUCCGUGAAUUAUUAAAGUUAAUGAGUACAGUUCAACAAACCCAACCAAUGAUUCAAUUACUUCUAAGUACUUCAGAUUAUGUGGCUGCCUUAGAUUUGAUCAGUUCCACCCAAAGAGUGCUGUCUAAUCAGUUGUCUGGGGUGCAAGCAUUUCGACAUCUAUCCCCACAAUUGACUGAAAUGAAGAGAUUGAUUCACAAAAUGCUUAGCAAUGAAUUUCAAAGAUACAUAGUAGCAGAUUUAAAUAGGAAUCAACAAGAACAUGAUUUGCCAGACAGAGACAAAAUAGUGUCGAUUAUAUCAGGCAUUUUACGCUUAAAAGAGUUCGAUUUCAUUGAUACUUUUAAGCUUGAAGCAAUUACAUCUAUACAGGCCACCGUAAAACAAUGUGUUAUUGAAAUAAUUUCUGUAAGAGAUGGCAAUACCGAAAUAGUUCUUCGUGGUUCAAAUGCUGAUAACACACAUUUGUUGUGUAAUGAAGGAAUUACAUUCCUUGAGAAGGCAUCUCCAAAAUUAAUAAAAUUGUUCAAAAGAAUUUUAUCCUUGAAUAAUUUGAUAUUAGAAAUAAGUCAAAUGGAUGAUGUAACUGGUAGUGAAAGUGAAGAAGCUUGGACAGCUGAAGAAUUACUAUUGGUAGAGGAAAAACUAAAGAAGUUAAUAGUAUCUCUAUCUGAUUAUUGUAAUGAACGCUGUGCUAAUUUGAUUGUCACUAAAAGUGAUAAAGACUAUGCCUUCUCUGAUUUAUCACAAUUAUCAAAAAUAUCAGAACUAAUUGACAAUUUUUCAAAUGAGUGUGAAAAAAUUACUGGUCAUUACAGUAAUGCAAUGAGGCUUGCACUAAGAAGCUUUGCUAUGAAAUAUAUACAAAUCCUACAUACUGAUAGGAGAUCUCAGCUCACCUCAACUCUUAAUGCUGAAAGGUGGAAAUCUGCUGAAGUUCCCUGUGAAUUACAAAAUAUAAUUGAUAAAAUAUGUGAAAAUUCUGAAAUUCCUUCAACACUUCUGUAUCAAAGUGGUAAACCUGAUGGAAAAUAUUUAAUAAUUAAUAAUGAAAGUUAUGCAGUUGUUGGUACUGUGCAACUACUAAUAAAAAUCUUACUGGAAUAUUGUGAAGCAACCAAGCAAUCCCCAGUUAUAGUCCAGUACAUAAUUCACUGUAUGAUAGAACUAAUACGACUAUUUAACUCGCGCUGUUGCCAGUUAGUACUGGGUGCUGGAGCAAUCCAAAGUGCAGGAUUAAAAACAAUAUCAACAUCGAAUUUAGCUUUAGUAUCUCGAUCACUCCAAGUCAUUUUAUGGCUUUUACCUCUUAUAAAAAAGCUUCUCGAAAAUCUUCAUUCUGCAGAACUAUCACUUCAUCUAACUGGAUUUAGUAACAUGGAAAGUGAUAUUGUUAGUCAUAAGAAUGAAAUAGAAAGUAAGAUUUGCCUCAUAGUAAGUAACAUGUUAAGCUCACAGUUGUCUGGAUGGGACGCAAAGCCACCUGUACCUUCACAAACAUUCCGUAACAUUUCCAAACAUCUAGUUAAAUUGCAUGAAGCAUUAAUUGAUAUAUUACCAAUUGAGCAAAUAAGGACCAUAUAUAAAAGAGUACAUGAAAACUUUAAAGACAAAUUAAGAGAACAACUGAUUAAGAUGAACAUAGUCGCUAAUGGAAGUCCACAACAUGGAGUUGUAACUUCAGAAUUAACUUUUUAUUUACAAACCCUCAAGACGCUACGAGUAAUAAACGAAAGUGAUGCAGAAGAUAAUAUAUUGUAUGAUAUUUGGUUAAAUUAAUUAAACUAAAAAUAUUUGUAUGUAUGUAUCUAUUAAUAUUAUUAUGAUAAUUAUUAUCCAGUGUAAAAUUGUUAAUCAUUCUGUAUCUAAAUGUACAAUGUUCUUAGAAAAUAUUUUGAUAAAUGAAAUAUCCUGUAUUGUGUAUUAUUAAUUUGUAUAAUUAUUUAAGAAAAAUCUAAAAUCUUGGUGAUUAUGGGAAUAAACAACUUAUAAAUUAUUGACCUAAACUUAGUUCAA